GUUGAGGUAUGUUAGCACUGUGUUUCUUAUUUGAAAGGAAAUGAAAGAAGCCAGAAGGACAUGUACGUUCGAGCACUCUGACACUUAAGGUGUCAGCUGAGGUGACCGGCACAGAGGAGUGUACUGUAUGGAGAAGAGAAGCAAGAGAUGCAGUUCAACCACACAACUCCCCACAUUUUACCCACCAAAAACACCAAACCUGGAUUUCCUGGUUACUAUGCCCUCAUCCCCAUACUGCUCAUACUGUUUGGAUGUGCGGUGGCAAUGGUUUAUUAUUUCAGAAGAAAGUCAAGAUUAGAUGAUCUACGUCAUAGGCUGAUUCCUCUGUACACCUACGACCCCGCAGAGGAGCAGUGGGACGACCCUGACAGGGAGGAGGACGAGGAGCUGACUGAACCUUUAUACAAGAAGGGGAAGCUGUCCUUUUCACCUGAAUAUGGAUUAUGAACUGGAAAUCAA